CAGUUUGCUCCUCUCGGCCACCGUAUUUUCUGCAAAGUCUCGCUCCAAGAUGGCGCUGCGCACGGUUUGUGCCGCUUCCUUGCGGACUGGGACAGAUUUAGGGGUCAAUAAUGCGAGGACAUUUGUCACAACAGCCUUCCUGUGCAGACGGGUACGUCCUCUGGGUCCAAUGCCCAAUGAGGACAUUGAUGUGCGAAACCUGGAAUCGGUAGAGAAGUACCGCAGUUACACUCGUUACCUCAGACAAGCUGAAGAAGCAAAGAACAAGCCUGUCUGGUGGAAGACCUACAGAGGCUAUGUGGAAAAAGAGGAUCCUGAGCACGGCUCGGAGCAAGUGGACAUUGGCCUGCCGUACUAUCGCCCCAACAGGACCAAAGAGGUGAGGGAGAGGAAGCAGGUGAUGAGAGACAAGAAGAAGAACGUGGAGCUGGAGAGGGCUUCUCGUCUGCACACUUUUAAAAUCCCUCUGGACAAAGUGCAGGAAUUCUGGGAGAAGAGCAGCGGCCCGUUUCAUGUAAAGAGACUGGCAGAACACUAUGGGGUCUUCAGAGAUCUCUUCCCCAUGGCUUAUUUUCUACCUCAAGUCCCAAUCCAGAUCUCCUAUGGCCAGGACAGCAGUGUUGGAGUGCAUUAUGGGAAUCAACUGACACCAACUGAAGCGGCAUCUGUCCCUCAGAUAAGCUUUAAUGCAGAGGAGGACUCCCUGUGGACCCUUCUGCUCACCUGUCCAGAUGAGCAUCUUUUGGAUAAUGAGGCAGAAUACAUCCACUGGCUUGUAGGGAACAUACCAGGUGGAGCGAUGCAGGCUGGGGAGGAGCUGUGUCACUACCUGCCUCCCUUCCCUGCCAGAGGAACAGGCUUCCACCGCUACAUUUACAUCCUCUUCAAGCAAGAGGGAAUCAUCAACUUCCAGGAGGAUGUCAGGCCGUUGCCAUGCCAUUCUCUGGUGGAUCGCACAUUUAAGACGUUGGAUUUCUACAGAAAGCACCAGGAUAACAUGACACCUGCGGGUCUGGCCUUCUUCCAAUGCCAGUGGGAUGAAUCUGUCACCAACACCUUUCACAACACACUCACUGCAAGCAGCGGCAUUGUCGCCAGCAACUGAUCACAAACUCCUGAGACCUCACCGAGACACUGCUGAAGUAGGGAAUAGGUUUGCGGAACCAUGCAGGAGUUCAUCUGGAGACAUUUCUGUACGUACCAAGUUUUCUCUGCUUCAAAUAAAACUCUUAACUGACAUGUUUACUUAUUUCUUCUUCUCCAAAUAUGAGCUUUGUAAUAAGUUAAAAUACAUUACUGGGUUUUUGUGCAAAGCCAAUGAAACUUAGUCUUGUUUGCACAAAUUAUAGUUAUACCCUCUUGCAAACAUU